AUGAAGGCCARCUUCGUGCCCGGAAUUUCAGUCGAGCUCCAUGCGAAUGGUCAGGCGCUCAGCGAGUACGUCGACGAGGAGGCGAUCGAAGGAGAGCAUCGGCGGGCCACACGAUAUGUGGAGACAGUACCAGAUACAGAAUUCUCUGUCCACAUGUUCAUUGAGUCGACGUUUCCAUACAGGCUCGAUGAUCUGGUCGUCGGCAUCAGCAUAGACGGCCAGGAAAUCACCACUUAUUGCUCUCGAGCGGCAUCGCAAACCAAUUUUCGGCACGAAGUCUACUCAAGCUCCGUGUUGAACCACAAUGGCGUGGGUGAGAGGCGGGUGUUCACAUUUGGCGAGCUCAAAACAACCGACGAGUCUCUGGAUAAAUCAGAAGGCCCAAAGCUAAAGGAGAUUCUUUCCAAGCUAGGCGAGAUUGGCGAAAGCGUACCCGAGAAGGCAUUGAAGGGUCGCUCCAUUUCCAAUCGAGCAGCGCUGAAGUUUGCCGGACUCUGCCAGCCACGCAGAUCUGUGAAGACAGAAUAUCUCGACGGCAAUCGCUCUUUUGUUAAGUUCACGUUCAAGUAUCGCAGCCACCGCGACCUUCAAAUUGAGGGCAUUAUCCCUCGCAGCCCUUCGCCAGUACCUCUUGAUCAACUCGAUUUGGCAAGCAUGACGCGCGAGCAGGCGAUCGAGGCCCUUCGUCAACAGCGCGAGCGGCAUGCAGGCUCGACUCGUGUUAAGCGCGAACGAGCUCCGACUUUGGUCAUUUACGAUGACGGUAGCGAUGAGGAGGACGGCGAUGAGGGAGAUGUCUGCAUCACCAGUGUUGAGYCAGUCAAGAAGCGCCAGCGAGCUUCCAUGGACUCUGGUGUUGAUGUGAUUGAUCUCACCGAUGAUUGA